UGUACCCACUCCCACCGCGAGUCAAGUAGUGCAAGGCUUAGCAACAUGGCGAACGCCAAGCUCGUCGCAGUCGUGGCCACGCUCGUGAUCAUCCUGGAGGUGUCAUCCUGUGCCAUGGCACGGCACCACGGUAAGCCGGACCCAUGCAGCGGUGAGGACGAUGGCUCCAUGCCAGGCCUGCUGCACAAGCACAAGAAGCCCGGCCACUGCCCGUCGCCAGGUGGCGGCGGCGGCACUCCUGGCAUCAUGACAGUGAACGGGUUCGAGAAAGGCCAGGAUGGCGGAGGGCCGUCGGAGUGCGACGGCAAGUACCAUAGCGACAAGACCUUGAUUGUGGCGCUGUCAACACGGUGGUACGCCGGCGGGAGGCGAUGCCACAAGCCGAUCCGCAUCACGAGCAAGCAAAACGGGCGCAGCGUUGUGGCCCGAGUGGUGGACGAGUGCGACUCCAACCAUGGCUGCAAGGAUAAUAUUGUGGACACCUCUCAGGCCGUGUGGGAUGCCCUUGGGCUCGACAGCAACAUUGGCGAGGUGCCAGUCACCUGGUCCGAUGCAUGAAAAUGGUCACAGUUUUAUUUAUAACCUGAGGCCUUAUGUUUAAAAAACCCACAGCGAGCGGUGGAGGCCACUGGGACGUAGCGGUCGCGAGUCAAGCUAAGCGUCAAGUCGUUAGUGUCUCUGCUAAUCUCGAUGAGUAUAAGGUCGAGCAGCAGAAUAAAUAAAAUAGGAUCCCAAUAAACUACUACUAGUACGGAUGAUAGUGCGGAUUUAUCAUCUUGUAAGAGAAUCACACUUUAUGUAAUGCACUUUUUGU